AUGUGGUUAGAACUCUUUCUUUCUCUAGCUUUGGUUUUGAAAGCUCUAACAUAUGAAUGUCCACAUAGUCAUUAUUUGUUUGAUGACAGAUGUUUCGCAUUUGUUGACGGUAAAGGUACUCAGAAGGAAGGAAGAAAGCAAUGCUUAGAAAUAGGAUACGAGUUGGUUUCAAUACAUGACAUGAUAAAUAACAGAUACGCUCAACAAUUGGCUCAAGCUGUUCUUUCCUUCACGUAUGGAAACAUUUGGAUUGGACUUCACAAAGAAAAUGAAAUUUGGAAAUGGCUCGACAAUUCUACGUACGAUUUCAUGAAUUGGGGACGAGGUAUCAAUCCUGCGCACCAGUGCGCUGUUAUGCGCAUUUCUGACGGAAAAUGGCUGAGUGCCGAUUGUGAGAUGCCGUACCAAGCAUUGUGUUCUGGAUUCGCAUUUGAACCGACAACUGCUCACACAGACCUACCGAGGAACACUACUCAAGCGAUCACAACUCAGAAAUGGACUACCACUGGCGAGGAGCGCACUGCCGUAACGACAACCGAAGAGGGCGAAACGAAGACGCGAACACCGUGGAGACCAGUGACACCAGAAUAUCCGACAACUGGAACCGUUGAAGAGACCACAACCGAUGAUGGCCGAACGAAAACCACUCGACGAUGGGAGCCUGAAACCGAAGCAACGACCGGAGCCACCGAAGAGAGCACUACCGAUGAUGGAGGCCGAACAAAAACAGUGCCAAAAGAGACAAGACGCUGCCUGUUUGUUGGAGAUCUCUUGAACUUUGAUAGAAGAGUUCCAGAUUAUGAGAAGGAAAUGGAAUUCAUCGCCAAGAUUGGCUACGAACUUCUCAAUCGUGGAGUGGACGCUGAAGGAGCAAUUUGGGCAUACGGAUUUACAAACGCUCCUGAACCAGAGGAGAAACUCAAGAACAUGACUAAGAAGAUUGCGAAACUGCAAUCUGACAUCAAGAGCACAAUGACUUAUGUGGAUCGAUACAAGCCGAAUUACAGUAACAAACAGAUAAUUUGGCGUCUCAAUAAUAUGACCGUAGUCGAUGAGAUGGCAAACUGCUUGGUAUUCUUCUCUGGCGCAAAGAACACAGACAAACUGAGAGAAAAAUUGAUUAGCAAUGAAAACUUCAAGAAAGUUGUGGUUGUAAGUUUGCGAGGCGCCAAUUUGACAGAGCACGGAGGUGAAACUGUAGACGUUAGCAACGGUUAUACUGAAGAGAAUGUAAACAUUGUGGUUGACAAGAUUCUGGACAUUUCACCCACUGAGCCACCCGCUCCAAGGCAUGCCGGUCCUCACUGUCUGAUCGCCGGAGAUAUGCUGAACUUUGAUAGAAGAAUUGAAGAGUACGAAAAGGAAAGUCAGUUCGUUCUGAAUAUCGGAGAGAAACUGCUUGACAUAGAGGAUGCUGCAGUUGCAAUAUGGUCCUACGGAUAUGUGGAUGACAGAAGCCUGGCGGAAGCCUUAAAUCGCAUGACCUCCAAUUCUCGAGUUUUCGAGAAUGAAGUUCGCAGCAGAAUGGCAUACGCUGGAAACAAGAAUGCACAAUCGAACAAGCAAGUGCUAGAAACUCUCAAUAAUAUGAGUCCUACUGAGUGGGACGGAAAAGCGAACUGUUUGGUAUAUCUUUCUGCUCUGAAACGUGCAAAUGAUUUGGAGAAGUUGAUUCCAAAAGGAGAUGCAGUAAAGAGAGUUGUAGUAGUAAGCUUACGAGGUGGUGACCUCUCACCUCUUCUCGAUACGCAUAGAGGUGCGAUGGUAAUUGUCGAUGCUGCUGGCGGCUACACUACUAAAAAUGCAGAGGAUGUGAUCAAAGCGAUAAGCUCAAACAUUUGGAAUUAAACCUCACAAAUUUGAUAGAUUGAAACUACGGGAAUAAAAUUCACUGAUUUUUGACUGUAUUAUAUAUAAACUACGGUUCAGCGU